AUGAAUCGCCACAAUGGAGAGCAGCGCGCGUUUUGUGUCCGUGCAUUUUAUGAGAAUGCUCAAUCUUAUGUGACUGUUCGGCGGCUUUAUCGUGCUAAAUUCGAAUUGCGGCGCAUCUGUGAGUGUCCAAGUACUAAUUUAAUUAAACAAUGGAUCCAAAGAUUUGAAAGAACAGGAUCGACACAAAAAAAAGGCCUCGCGGUCGCCAGAGUUUCACGGACCGAUGAAAACAUUCAGCGAGUUAGGGAGUCUGUACGCGCUAAUCCACGAAUGUCGGAGCGCAAACGUUCGUCGACGUUGGGAGUCUCUAGAUCGACAUUGCAGCUUGAUUUAAAAUUUCAUCCUUAUAAGAUACAGCUAGUGCAGGAAUUAAAGGCAAAUGAAAUACGGGAUGAGUUCAACAAUUUCAACAACAUCCUGUUCUCUGAUGAAGCCCAUUUUUACCUGAAUGGAUUUGUAAAUAAACAGAACUUUAUAAUAAGUUCUAAUAAUAAGUGCUUAUAUUACUCAAAACAAAUUAAAUACUCUAAUAAUCCAACAACUCUGCAGCAAUUGAAGCUGAACAUUCGGCAAGAAAUGGAAUCCAUUUCGAGGGAAACUCUAACGAAAGUUUUCCAAAAUUUUGAUGCCAGAUUGGAAGAAUGCUGUAACCGUCAUGGACGUCAUUUGGACAACGUAGUUUUUAAAAAGUAA